CACGACAGCGACGAUGAUGAAGACUGCGCUGUUGCCACUAGGCACCGUUGUGCCCGUCACGGAGGUGUUGCCCGCCCCCGCCGUGCGCUUCCGCCUGCAGUACACCGACGACCGGCGCACCAAGGAGCUGCGUUGGGUCCUCUUCGCCUCGACCCAGCGCGGUGCAAUUGGCAAGCUCAUCUUCACUUUAGAGAAGAAUGAUACGGCUCACGUCAAGUCAGUUGUGGUGAACAAGGAGUUUCGUGGCUUGGGCUUAGCCCGCGUGCUCUACCUGGCCACUUUAGCCACAUUGGAAGAAAAACACGUGACAGCGCUCUAUUUGGAAGCCGAAGAGGACUCAAAACGCUAUGGGAAACUUGUGGGGCUCUAUCGCGGCUGGGGUUUUGCCGAAAUGUCCGAGGCAAAAGUGCUUUUUCUUUACAACGGCAACGACAGUCUUCGCAAAGUGCCAAUGAUAUCUGUGUUUCAGAAAAGCACUUUCUUUCCCAUUCGACCAAAAGAAAGCACUUGGUUCUGCAUGAUGACACUACAGACACAAGACGGAACGUGCGUGGUGGCAGGAGAAGACGGAGACAUUGAAGUGUGCUCGAAGACCUCUGGGUGCAUGUGGCAAACGUUGCUCGGUGCCACUGGCGAAGUUUUCCUUCGCAGUGUCCACGGCAAAUUUCUCUGUGUGGAAGAAGACGGCACGAUCCUGGCCGAUCGACGUCUGAAUUCCACUUGGGAGACGUUCCAAGCUGUGCCACACCAUUCCGAGAAUGCAACUCAAGUUGCCGGAGGAGUGGCACUUCGCAGUUUCCACGGCGGAUACUUGUGUAUCGACCCAUUGGAAAAGCGUGUCGAGGUGACGGAUCACCCCGUCCCAUGGGACGGCGGGGAGAUCAUGGCGUUGGUCUGCAAUAAACCCGACUCGCAUCCGCUUUUUGUCAAAAUCAUGCGCAAAUACCAAACUACGGUAUUUGUCAAUACCCAAGUUGCCAAAUACGGCGACUUGCAACAUGCGCAAAUGUCGAUUCCCGAAGCAUGCAAGUGCGUGAUGGAACUUACAGGAGACUCGGAAAGAGAGAAGAGCUGGGUGGUCAAGUACAUGCUGGCUACAGCGACUGCAGUGAAGCAGGACGGCCACCCAGACUGGCUGCAACUAGCCGUUUUCCUUCGUGCUUUAGGAAUGCUUUUCUUGUGCUGGACCGACGAGGAUAAUGCCGUGUUGCGUAGUAUUUCAGCACAGGAAUGGAUGACCAAGAACUCGACGUGGAUAGUGGGCGAGCGUAUCCCCAACUCGAUCCAGUUUUCAGAGCUGAAUGAACUUAAUGUGGACCACUGUAACGCCGAGAAAAGUGGCGGUAGUACUGCUAGUCAUUGCGGGUUGGAGAGUGUGUUGUUGCCUUGGACUCCGGACGAAUAUCUCCACCGCGUGUUGUCUUUAACUACGACGUCGUUGCCAGCGGAAGCGCUGGAUGCAGUGCGCUUCUGGUCCUUGAAGACGUGGUACGAACAAGACAAUUACGAGGAAUUCUGCGCACCCCAGGACGCGGAUACGAAGGAGUGGAUCUGCUCGCUUGGCAAGAUAGCUUGUGUGUCAGAGGAAGUAGUGCAGAAGGUCAGCGUGAGGGAUGAACUACCGUACUUCAUGCAGCUCGCGGAGAAGUAUUUACCGGACACACUACUAUGGUGA